AUGGCAAGGAAGGAAGUGGAAGAAAUGAAAAAGAAACUGGAACAGUUCCGGGUAUUCGUGCGAAAGAACACAACAAUCAUGCGAGCGGAGAUCGAGGAAAUCGAAAUUCGUAUCAGCGAGGUGCACGAGUCGAGGGAAGAGUUCGAGUCGGAAGUGGUUACAGAAGGCGUGGACCCAAUCACAGGCAAGAUUCUUGCUGAACGAGUGAUGAGAUUCAUUGAAGAAUGGCUGAGAUCGGCGAAUACGAUACUACAGCGACUGAGAUUGAAGAGCGCCACGACGAGGAUGCACAUCAGAAAGGCUAGACAGCAGCUUGCUCAAAGGAAGGAACUAGGCGAGUUACUUCGUGCCGUUGACUUCGAGAAAUUGAAAAUCGAGAAUCAGGAUUACGCAAAGUUGCUCGAGGAGAAGAAUCUGUAUGUGAUCGAUAUGAAAAGGAUCGCAGGGUACUAUCAUCUGAAACUAACGCAACACAAGCAGAAACUGGAGGAUCUGUUACGUAAAUUGAACGAGGUGAAGAAGGAAAUUGUAUCGAAGCAGGAUCAGAUUGAGGAGUUAAAAGUCGAGCACAAAAUCAUCGAGGUUAAAGUGAAACGGUUGAACUUGCAGUUAAAUAAUUUAUUGACUUUCAUGGAGAGCCAUACUGCACCAGAUAUUUUAGAAUUUGUCGCGACACAAGAAGAAUACGCGGCAUUAGACAGAACUUAUAAAUUAUUGCAGAGACGUAGAAAUACUCAAAGAAUAAUAUAUGAAGAAUAUAAAAAGCAGACUCAAGUCAAAAAGAAAUCUCGUAUAAACGAUGAAGUUUAUAAU